AUGACAAAUCGCAAGCUCAAAGGCCCAGCGCACUUUUGCGAAUGGGUAGUUGGCACAACAAUCGAAUCUGCCCUUCGUCCCAUUGCCGCCCCCAAGCCCAAGCCCAAUCCCCCCAAGAACAGGAAACGAGAAGUAGUACGCGUUCAAGUUACUACUGAUGAUGAAUCCGAGGAAGACACCGUUAGAAUCACCUACCCCCGUACAGGACGCACCACACCUCCCUCCCCCCCUGACCCUGAGCCCGAAGCUGAAGCUGAAGCUGAAUCUGAACCUGAACCCGAGUCUACCCCUAUCAUUACCGAAGCCAAGACUGUGAUCAAGAAAGUCCGCUUCGAGGAUGGCCCCAUCAAGUCUGCUUUGAAGCAAACAGUCAUCACAACCCCAGUUGAGUCCUCUGAUGAAACAUCCGAGUCCGGUACAGAGUCUGAAUCUGAGACCGAGUCAGACUCCAGUCAGUCAGAAACUAUUUCGAGUUCUGAUGCAACCGAUUCUGACACUGAGAGUUCAGACAACUCUUUCAAACAGAGGGAAAAGAGAAGAAGACAGAGACGGAGGCGCAGGCAGAGACAGAAACAAAUCGAGGCUGACUCUAAUAGCGACUGGGACUCAGAUCCAGACCCGACUUGUAAGUGCCACAGAUGCGUCAAGGGUCGAGAGAUAUUGAGGAGGAUAGGCAAGAAAAAGAGCAAGGAGUACACCCCCUCACCUAGCCCCGAAACAUCUGAAUCGGAAGAAGAAGAACCCCCCAAGCAUAAACAGAAAGCCCGAAAGAAGAAGAAAGGCGCAAAGAAGGUAAAGGAACCGGAGCCAGACUCAGAUGCCUCUGAUUCUGCCAAAGACACUUCUGAGUCAGAGCCUGAGACCCCAACACAUAAAAAACAGCAGCAUCCAAACAUGAAACAAAAGCAGGGCAAACGAAAAGGCAGGAAGAAUCAAGAGCCAGCCUCUGAACAUGAAACAUCAGAAUCCGAACCAGAUAUCCACAAGAAGAACAAGAAACAACAGCAAAAGGCAAACGCCAGAAAGAGUGGUAAAAAGGACAAAAAGCUGGAACCUGAACCGGAAUCUGACGAGACUGACGGCGAUACUUCCGAGUCAGCCAAAGAAACAGAAAACGAGGCUGAGCCCGAGCAGAAACCCAAACAACAAAACAAAGGCAAACAGAAGAACAAAAAGAAACAGAAUGACAAGCAACCAAAGCAGGCAAACAGUCAGUCGAAAAAGAACAAGAAGAAGCAAAAGCCCGGAAAAGAGACGAAUAAAGACACAGAAACUCCCAAUGAGCCAGAAGCUGAAGAACAGACUGCUGAAGCAGCCAAGGAACAAGACCAAGGCAAGUUUAGAAACAUGAAAUUCAAAGAAAGGGGACAACCCAAAUACAGGGAUGGAGUCAAGAAGGGCAAUUAUCCCGAAGGACUUCCAGGCCCUCACAUGCGUCGCCCACAACUGAUCGAACCGAUUAGGGCGCAAGUGGUUCAGACGGAACGCGUGAUCGAGACCCCUGAAGACCCGGCACCAAAUGCUUACUACGAUUCAGAACACAAUGUCAUGCGAGUCUACCAUGGUCCUGUCUAUGGCAACCAUCAUAGUAACGCCCUCUACCCUGAGCGCAACGGCUGCAAUCGUUCCUUGCCUAUGGGGACGCCUCACCCUAUGCAGAAUCCCUACUACUAUGGCUUCAAUAACCCCAACUUCCCACAGAUGUCGCCAUAUCAUCAAAACUACGCAGGCAUUCCACCCCCAGAAGCAUAUUCUCAUGUUCCAAUCACACAAACAAUGCCCCAUCCUCCCUGGUAUGGUAUGGCAGGACCUCCUGGACCUCCUCUAGCCUCAGCCGGCUACCAAGAAAAGACUGCUCCAGCCACUAGCAAGGACAAAGCCAGCAAGGACAACAAUGUUGGGCCACCAAGCCUCACAGGAAAGGACAACCCAUAUCUCCCCAAGAGAAACAAAUCCCAGCUCAGCGCAUGGGGCAGCCAAGGACCUCGAACUGCCUCCAAAGAACAUAGCCAGCCAGCUGGCUCAGUCAGAGCUGGGUCGAACAACUGGGGUGGUAGCAACAAUAACGAUCAAGGAAACAAUUGGAACGAUGGAGCCAAUGACACUCAAAAUGGCCAGAGCAGCUGGGAUGCUGCCGGCCAAGAUAACAACAACAGCAAUAACGGUAAUGAUAAAAGCGGUAGCGGUACUGGUGACAACCAGAACAGUGCUUGGGAAACCAACGGCAACCAAGCAUCCACUGACUGGAACAACGACGGCACUCAAGAGACGACUCAGAAUGGAGGGUGGGCUACUGGCUCGAACAAGAGCAAUGAGACUGUUCGCAAGGCUGGAGACCAUUGGGGCAACGAUACUUUCCCAGGUGCUAGCGGCGACUGGGACCAGCCAAAGGAUGGUGUGAGCAGUGUUGGACAAGGUGCAGACAACAACGUUGGUGUUUGGGGGGCUGAUGACGGGAACGGAAACGGAAAUGGGAGUGGGAAUGGGAACGAGAACAACCCGCCUGUUUCUACAGGAGGAGACAGAGGAGCAGACAACGUCAUGCCAGGUACUUGGGUAGAAACACCAGCUAUCACCGCUGGGCCUGAUUGGGGCGAUACCACUGCAGCACAAGAUACGCAUGGGGCGGCUGAGAAUUGGUAA